AAGGAGUUCCAGAGCCUCACCAUGGACUCUACCACCGGCGCAGCUGCCUUCACGCGUCGCGUCCUCGACCUCGCUCGGCGCCUGGCGGCUCUUGGCGUACCGUACCCGGACCCUGUGCUCUGCUGCCACCUCCUUGAAGGCUUGACUUCUGCCUUCGACACCCAUAAGAUCGCCUACAUGCAGCUGAUCGACAAGCGCAUCACCCCGGCUGAAGUCGCCCAGUGGAUUAUCACCACCGAGGCCGACCUCCUGCGCCAUUCCUCCUCCACUGCCGCUGUUGCUCAGCAGCGCAACACCAGGGGAGGGCGUGGGGGAGGGCGUGGCGCUGGUCGUGCUCACCUCUCGGGCGCGUCUCCCGCGCCCUCAGCCACAGGCAGUGUGACUCCCUUCCCCUCCUCUGGUUUUGUUGGCAUGGGCCACUACCUGCAGCAGGUCCUGGAGCGGUUCGACAUGGCUCGAGGCACCCCUCAGGUCACCCCUCUUCCUGUUGGGCACCAUCUCACUCCCCUCACCUCCCCCUCCUCCUCCUCCCACCCCUACGCUGAGCUCAUCGGCUCUCUCAUGUAUGCCAUGGUCUCCACCCGCCCUGACCUAGCAUACCCCAUCAGCGGUGGCCACCUCCAGCUGGGCAAGAUUGACUCUGCUGCCAAUCUUGCCGACAUCUUCACCAAAGCCCUCCCCCACGCCGCCCACUCAUCCCUCCUUCGCCUUCUUGGCCUCGCUCCCCCCGUUCCCUCGUCCGCCUCCUGAUUCAAGCCCUCUAGUCUUAUGCA